UAAGAAUUCAAUUCGGUCAAGAUUUUGCUCUUUACAUGUGCUUGUCUUGUUGCUCUGUUUGGCAUCUUAAAAAAAAGAUUUUUUCCAGCGACAUUCAAAUCACCUACAAAAUAUUCUGCACGACGGCGAAGAACAUUCGAAUUCGGCACAUAUACACACAUAGUGUCAAAGUUCAAACGAUUUGCCAUUGCAUAACCAAAUGGGUUAAUUCGUUAUUUACAUUCCUUUGCGCCGAAAAAAUUUGAAUACGCAAAAAGCAGUACAAUUGCCCCGUGCACAUCGACUAAAGACGUCAAACAUAAAACGUCCAACGAAUUGAGUGUGAAUAAAUUUCGUAAUUUAUUUUAUGUGUAUUGAAGUCAAAUUGCAAAAAGACAAUUAGUGAAAAAAAUGUGAAUAAUCUCACUCGAAAUAGUAUUGAAAGAGACGGUGAAUCAAUCUAUUUUAUUACAUUCGGCGAUUGCAAGAUGCAAGGUGAAAUACGACUGUAAAUUCAACAAUAAUUUGAACUCCUCUUGUAACAUUUCAUUUUCUUUCCAUUUGAUAUGAGUGAAGAAAAAAACGCCGAAACUAUAAUGAUAAAUGACAAUCUUGAUUAAGUGAUUUCAGGGAACCAUGGUUUUCCUUCAAGUAGUAAUUGCAAUUGAAAGUAUAUCAAUGAUAAACUUAAAUUAUUUUACCAACAAUUAUUUCAAUUCGAAUAAAAUUGUUCCAGUUCAAUCGUAGAAUCACGUAAACAAUUUGAUUUUGGAUUUAUCAAACACACCCAUGCUACACAGGCACGGUUGCACGUCAACUGGACAGCAAAAAUUAAACUGUUUUCUGGUCUCCUUUUCAGGGAAUACAAAUUUCAUGAGUACUUCAGCACUUAAAUUGAUUUGAUUAGCUGUAUCCAAGCAUCCAUAACUGCUUUCAUAGUAAAAAAACGUUUCAAAACCAUAAUCCAUACUGAAAAUUUCGAACCAAGCUGGUGGCAGAUUGCAAGAUUUCGAUUAGAAAAUUGUUUUAUACACAAAAUUUGGUGACCUUCAAAUCUCGCUCAAAACAAGAGCGAUAAAGGGAUAAACAAUCGUUUCGGAAUUGGAAUAUUUUUUUUUCACAAACGUUGGUAUUAAAAUAAAUGAAAAAUUUGGUUGAAUGAAGUUAUCAGAUGAGCUCAUACAAAAUUCAUAUAAAAUUCGGAGGUUUUAUCUUUAAAUAUCAUUAUUAGUUCGAGAUUAGAAGAUGUUAUACCCAAUGAGCCAAACACGUGCAAUUAUUGUGCAUAGUAAAUUUCUUUCUAAAUCGUGCACAAUUUUUACACAUAUUGUGCCCAGAAACAAAAUUUUAUCUAAAAAUCACACAAUUUUUGCACUUUCAGUGCUACAUUUAGCAUUACAUUAAAGUAUGCACAAAAUUCAAACAUUUAGCAUUACAUGUGUUCAUUGGGUAAAUAUUUGAAGUGAAGCGUUUUUUUCGCAGUUUCAACAUAAAAUUGAAGCGAUUUACAUCAAUGGAGUAUAAUGUGAAAAGUGUGCUAAGCGUUUGCUUUCUUCUGGCUUCUUUAACCAAUUCGAAGAGUGAACUUUUAGCUCAAUUCAGUGAUUUGAUUGAGGAUGGCGAUUCGGCUUGUGAUUGCUCCAAAGUUAUCGAAAGUCAGGAUGGUGAGACGACAGAACCGCUGUAUUUUCCAGAUUACCGCAACUCGAAUCCAGUUAGGAGAACGAGAUUAUUCGUAUAUUGGUCACAACAUUCAUUCAAUGCGUUUUAGAGACAUUUUUUUUUCUUCCUUUUGCGCAAGUGGAACACUUUUUUCUCAAUUACACUUUAAAUUUGCAGGAAGAAAUCACUGAAGAAAAUGUAACAAAACCCAAAGAAAUUGAGUCAUCAAGAGAUUCGAUAGGUUAUACCUGUUUGAUGUCCAAUUUAAAUGACCCAGCCUUUGAGAAACUUGAUUGAUGAUAAGUUGCUGGCGUUGAAAUCGACAAAUGAGCCAACCGAUACAUUGACGCAGUUAGCAAGUGGAUCAACCGAAAAACGUCCGAAAUAAUAAACGAAUCUACAGAAACUUCACUACAAAUUGAAAAUGAAUCAACCGAAACACAACCACAAAUCGCAAACAAACCAUCUGAAAUGCCACUAACGACUCUAAUGAGCACAGUUACUGAAUUGCCCUUGACCACAAUUUCACAUGAAUCAAUCAAUUCGAUUGCCUCUGAUGCAGCGAAAGAAAUGACGACACCUUUAAACGUGGAACAAUUAACCACAUCUUCCGAAACGACUAAAUCACCAACAUUAGCCUUGGGUACAAGUGAACAAAUAGCGACAUCAGAAUUGAUAACAGACACAAUAUCAAACGACUCAAUUGAAAGUUCAAGUGCAACAAGUGAACCGCCAACCAAUAAUGCAUUUCUAAACAGCACAGAAGUGCCGAACUCAACUUCUGAUGUUAUCCAGGCAGAACGUUCCACAGCAACAUCCACAUUUGGUACGAGGACUACUGAGCAUAGCACGAUGAAUAGCACUAAUACGUUUGAAAGCACGUCGAACACAUCGACUAUUGUUUCAACUACACAUGAAACUAUUCCAGAUAAUAGUUUAAAAAACAAACAUGAAUGCACUUCUGAAACUUCUCCUGAGACAGCGACGAUGAAUGCAGUAACAAUGACCGAGGAAAGCACCCCCAUUUUAACCUCAACCACUGGUGAGCACAUCACAGUAGAAGUUAAAACACCCGAAGUUACAACGCUUUUAUUCAAUUUCGAUACACUAGAAAGUACAACAAUCGGAAGUAGUUUCAAGUUUAAUGACACAGCCAACUCCAGCGAUGAUCACCACAACGACACGAAGAACGCCAGCUGUAGAAAUACGAACAACAACAUUGGGUUGUGACCCAUCAGCUGGCAUCGUUGCAUAGAUUCGAUGCCUACAAAAUGGUGUGCGAAGCAAGAGGAGAGAACUUAUAACUGAAUCUCCCAAUUUUGACACUGAAAUGCAUUAAAUGAAAGCAAUGCCACAUUCAAUGGGAAUAGUUUACGACAAACAACAAGAAAAAUAGGGAAAAAUAAUGAAAUAAUAAAAAAUUGUAUAACAUUAACCUUGGUAGAUAAGAA